CUCCUGGUGGCUGCAACCUAUUUUCAGAAACAGGACACCAGUCAAGUUCUUCUGGACAUGGCAUACAACCACUUGUGUGUGACCGAAAAGGAAUAUUUUGGUUUGCAGCAUGGCGAUGAAUCAGUGGACUCUCCCAAGGUUUCCCCUGCACCCUUUAUUUUUGAGUAAGAUUUUUUAUACCUGAUCCCAACACACUGUAGCAAGAACAAACCAGGCAUUUGUAUUUCCUACAACUGAAGAUGGAUAUUUGUGAAGGAAGGUUGACCUGCCCUCUUAACUCAGUGGUGGUUCUGGCAUCCUACACAGUACAAUCUCAUUUUGGAGACUAUAAUUCUUCCAUCCACCACCCGGGCUAUCUUUCUGAGAGCCAGUUUAUACCAGAUCAGAACGAUGACUUUGUCACGAGGGUAGAAUCGCUCCACGAGCAGCACAGUGGGCCGAAGCAGUCAGAAGCGGAAUCUUGCUUCAUUAACAUAGCACGGACCCUCAAUUUCUAUGGUGUGGAGCUGCACAGUGGCCGGGACCUGCACAAUUUAGAUCUAAUGAUCAGGAUUGCCUCUGCGGGCAUUGCUGUGUACCGGAAACAUAUUUGCACAAGUUUCUAUCCUUGGGUGAACAUUCUAAAAAUCUCUUUCAAAAGCAAAAAGUUCUUUAUACAUCAGCGACAAAAGCAGCCUGAAUCCAGGGAUCACAUUGUGGCCUUCAACAUGCUAAAUUACAGGUCUUGCAAAACCUUGUGGAAAUCCUGUGUGGAGCACCAUACGUUCUUUCAGGCAAAGAAGCUGCUGCCUCAGGAAAAGAAUGUUCUGUCUCAAUACUGGACGCUGGACUCCAGGAACCCCAAGUCUGUAAAUAACCAGUAUUGCAAAAAGGUGAUUGGAGGGAUGGUCUGGAACCCAGCCAUGCGGAGAUCCUUAUCCGUGGAGCAUUUAGAAACCAAGAGUCUGCCUUCUCGGUUCCCUCCUAUUACUCCCAACUGGCGAAGCCCUCGGCUCGGGCAUGAAAUCCGAAAGGCAAAGCACUCUUCCGCGGACAACCUCGCCAACGAGAUGACGUACAUCACCGAAACUGAGGAUGUGUUUUACACCUACAAGGGCUCCCUCUCCUCGAAAGACAGCGAUUCGGGGGUUUCUCAGAACCAGAGCCCACACCAAGAGAGCAUAUCUGAGAGCAACCCAGCACAAAGCUGCCCGACCUGGAAGUCAUCCAGCUCUGUGUCUCCGUCUUCAAAUGCUCCGGGCUCCUGCUCCCCAGAUGGCGUGGACCAGCAGUUCUUAGAGGACUUCCACAGGGUGACCAAAAAGAGCUCCACCGAGGACUCCAGCCAGUACUACUGCGACAAGAAUGACAAUGAGGACGGCUACUUAAUCUUAAUCCGUAUCACGCCAGAUGAGGAUGGAAAAUUUGGAUUCAAUCUAAAGGGAGGAGUGGAUCAAAAGAUGCCUCUUGUGGUGUCAAGGAUAAACCCAGAGUCGCCUGCGGACACCUGCAUUCCGAAGCUAAACAAAGGGGAUCAAAUCGUGCUAAUCAAUGGCCGGGACAUCUCAAAGCACACGCACGACCAGGUGGUGAUGUUCAUCAAAGCCAGCAGGGAGUCCCACACGGAGGAGCUGGCCCUGGUCAUCCGGAGGAAUGCUGUCCACUCCUUUGCGGAUAUGAAAUCUGAAGAUGAACUGAGCCAGCUCUUCCCGGAGGCCAUUUUCCCUGAGUGUCUGGAGGUUGCCGACACCUUGGAGGCAUCCAUGGAACAGCUGAAGAAGGGCCUCGAAAGUGGGACGGUGCUGAUCCAGUUCGAGCAACUCUCCAGGCCAUCACCUUUGCAAAGCUGCUUCAAAUUUUGGACAAAAACCGAUACAAAGACAUGUUGCCUUAUGACACCACCUGAGUGUUACUGCAAGGAAACGAAGACUACAUUAACGCGAGCCACGUGAACAUGGAAAUUCCUGCUGCUAACCUCGUGAACAAGUACAUUGCCGCUCAGGGAUCCCUGCCACAUACCUGUGCACAAUUCUGGCAAGUUGUCUGGGAUCAGAAGUUAUCACUCAUCGUCAUGUUGACGACUCUCACAGAGCGAGGGCGGACCAAGUGUCACCAGUACUGGCCCGAUCCUCCCGAUGUUGCCGAGCACGGCAGCUCCCACAU